AGGUCUGCGUCCAUAAACCUAAAUAUGACUGGCCCAUUUACGUGAUGACGUAUGCUGCGGCACCCCACUCCAGGAUCAACCAUCAACACAAACGCCGACCGACUCAGAACAGCGAAGGACUCACAGCAGAAGAACCAGCUAUAGUCAGGGUUGAACACUUGACCCCUUUUCCCGCCAGAACCAGCUGGGCAAGGAGCAAUACAGUAAAAAUGGAGAACCUGCACUCCCACUGCCUUAAAUGCAUCAACAGAAGAUGCAUGGUCAGACCAGAAAUUGGUGUUUGCUGCGACCUCAUCGGCUGUCCUCUUGUCUGUGGGGCAGUUUUUCACUCAUGCAAACUAGAGGAACACCGUCUACUGUGUCCAUAUGAACGGCUGCCAUGCCUUAACAGCGGAUUUGGCUGUCCGUUCACUAUUGCAAGGAUCAAGAUGGCACAACACCUGAAAACAUGCCCAGCAAGUAUAGUAUGUUGUACUAUGGAGUGGAAUCGCUGGCCUGUGAGCUACUCUGAUCGCAAGUCUUAUGAAAACUUGAGCAAAGACUUUGAUGAGGUGGAGCAGCUAGACAUGGCCUUGGCACUGCAGGAUCAGAGGAUGCUGUUAGAGUCCCUGAAGGUCACAACCACCGUAUCAAAGAAUGGAGAUAAGGAAGCAGAUGAAAGUGACAAAAUGGCCACAGCAUCAAGUCUACCGGAGACGAUGUUAGUUAAUGGAACAGUGGAAAUGGAAGAGGAGCCCUAUAAUGAGUUGUAUAGAGCCUCAGUGGAGACAAGCAGAAGUUUAGCAGCAGCCUUGGACAUCCUCUCUAAUUCCCAGGAUAUUGGUGUAAUUGUUGGAAAUUUAAAUGGGGAAAAGAUUGACAAGAAUGGAGCACUCCACAAUGGAGAAAAUGGUGAUAGUCAUAAUGUUUAUGUCGCUGAGGGUGGGAAGAAUGUAGACAUGCAAGGGAGUGACUCCGAUUCAGAGUGUGAGCUUGGAGCAGUAGGUGGCGUGGAUUGCGCAGUGGGGACAGAUGAAGAUGGUAUUGGCUGGGCAGAAGAAAAUAAUUUUGUAGAGUUGUUUUUUGAAGAGAAGGAAGACAUUAUCGAGGAGCCAAUAAAUGAUUCAAACCUUGUCUGGCCAGAGAUGCCUCAGAAUUACGUGCCUGUUAUAGCACUGGAACCUCCUGUGCCCCAACAAGCACCACUUUCGCCUCCGAUGCCAUUCCUGCUGUCUGAUCACGUGAGAAAUAACUUCUUACAACACUUACCUACUGAACUCAGGUAUAGGUGUUUGGAGCGUAAACUACAGAGUGUAGAAGUGCUUAGAGGAAUAAGUAUGUUUACAUUUAAUGGACGUCGAGCUCUGCUGUCAGACCCUUACUUAUUUCGAGCAAAGAUGGAGGACAAGGCAGUAGACACAUCUGACCUGGAAGUAGCAGAUGACCCCAUGGGCCUCCACGGCAUUGAUCUCAUCACUGCAGCUUUGCUCUUUUGCCUUGGCGACUCUCCAGGAGGCAGAGGAAUCUCAGACAGCAGGUUUGUCGAUGGCUAUCACAUUGACUUUGGUACUCAGACAUUCUCCUUCCCUUCAGCCAUUCUUGCAACCAACACCAUGGUGGGAGAUAUCGCUUCAGCCUCAGCUUGUGAUCAUGCCAGCCCACAGCUUUCCAAUCCAAGCCCCUUUCACACCCUCAGGCUGGACCUGGUGCUCGAAUGUGUGGCUCGAUACCAAACAAAGCAACGCUCCAUGUUCACAUUUGUGUGUGGGCAGCUAUUUCGGCGGGACGAGUUCUCUUCUCAUUUCAAAAAUGUUCACGGGGAUAUUCAUGCUGGACUUAAUGGUUGGAUGGAGCAACGCUGCCCCUUGGCCUACUAUGGCUGUACCUACUCCCAAAGACGAUUCUGCCCAUCUGUACAAGGCUUCAGAAUCAUCCACGACAGGCACCUCGGCUCGUUUGGGGUUCAGCCUGGUUUACCCUUAAAAACUGGGGACAACCUCCCAAGAAGCACCUGCCACUUUGACUCUCAGUGCGAUCAAUUCAGCAGUCUUCCAUUCGAGGUGUUGCAACAUGUAGCAAGCUUUCUGGACAGUUUUAGCUUGUGCCAACUGUCCAGAGUGUCCCGCACCAUGAGGGAUGUGUGUGCUAGUCUGCUCCAGAUGCGUGGUAUGGUCGUCCUGCUGUGGGAGAAGAAACGGCGUGCUGACGGGUCUCCUUCAUGGCAGAUCACAGACAAGGUGUGGCGAUUCAGCACAGCUUUUGGUACAGUGAAUGAGUGGAAGUUUGCCAACAUCGCCAGCAUGGCCGACCACCUCAAGAAGUGCAAGUUCAAUAUGAUUUCUCGUCGGGAAGAGGCGAUCCCUCUUCCAUGCAUGUGUUUCACCAGAGAGCUCACGAAAGAGGGAAGGUGCUUACGUUCAGUUCUCAAACCAGUAGCAUAAGUGAUUUUUAAAGAUGAAGUCAUCUUUUGGACAUUUGAGACCAUUAGAACUCAAAGACACUUGUAUUUCCUCCAGUGUUUACAGACAUUAGUCUCUUCCAGCCUCAGAAAGAUAGAAAACUGCUGGUUGAACGUUAUAAACUGUUGGUUGUUCUUUGCUUCACUCCCAUAAAUAAGACAAAGCCAGUAGUGGGCCGAUUUAUACUCCAGUGGAGGCUGACAUGCUGCAAUCACAGAUCGGGACUGUAAACAAGCUAAUUAGAUUGCUAGCCUUGUAUCUUACCCUCUGAUGGAUUUAUUAAUACCAGUGUACUGAUGUUGACAUUGUGAAAAUACUCAGAUGUUCUGAUGUAGAAUUUUUUUAUUUUUAUAUCAAAAAGUCAGUACUGUGCUACAAUGGAGGUAAGGGUAGAGCCUUAACUUAUCAUACACUUGAUUUUCUAGUCAUUAGGUUGUUUAGAACAUCUCAGUGAGAUUUCUCUACUGCUUCUAGCUGGGACAGUUUACUGGUAUCUUGCACAGUUUUAUAUCUUGUCCUGAUACCUAGUCACCAUCUGCUUAGAGCUCAUAGAUUUCAUGGCUUUAAUUCUACAUUUUAAGACUGACCAAACAUCUGUGGUAGCUGUGCACAAUGUAUGCCAUUUUACAGGAUGGUCAUACUGUAUUCACUGUGGGUGUUGAUUUUUGUUCACCAACAUAGGCAUGUCACCAUCAUCGUGUUUGGUGGUUAAAUGUAGUGUGUUUUGCAGUUUGGCACGUUAAAGCAGUGACAAAGGUGGUCCAUCUUCCUUUUUUCUUAUCUCUGACUAAUGUGCUGGCAUGUUAGUCAGGUGAGAGAUUAAGUAACACUAUUCAUCAGCCAAAUGGCAAAACAUUUUUAGCUGUGGUUGGUUUGUGGUUUGUCUGUUCUACCAGCUAUUUUUACAAGUAACCAGCAAGUGUGUAGGUUGUUUUAUACAAAAAUCUAAAUGUAGCAACAAAUGAUGAAUGUACUCAGUGAUUAUAAGAAUCCAUCAGUGACUGUGGUUGGUGAGCAGAAAGCUUGGUUUCCUUCCCUCACUGUCAGACCUCAUAAAACCCUGCAGGCCAGGUGUUAAGAAAUAUAACAAGCACACUCUUCCCUCCAGUAAUGAACGUCACUAAUUAUGUUCAUAUUCAUUAUUUAUCUUGGUUGUGUGUUUUUGGCACUACAUGUCCACUGUGUUCAAAUGUUGUUGGUGUCUCAGGGUUGUAGCAUGAAGCUUUGUCUCGCAGUAGAUUGUGUGUAGUCAAUAUAAUUGCAGAGAAUGACACAACGACUUCGUCAGCUAUUAUUGUGGGGUCUUAGUACCACUCAGUAUUAUAAUAACAUAAAAGUGUGCGCUGCAGUGCUGGACUAAUAAAUUACAUGUUUUCAUAUUUGUCGGCCAUCUAUGUCGUGUUUAUAACUGAAAUAGGCUGUCAGCAAAAAUGCUGUUUGAAUGUUCUUUGGAAUGACCAGACUUGUUGAACACCUUUUUUAAUUAUAUUUUUAGUUUGGAUUAAGAAAUAAGGUCUAACAACACAUGGACAUGACAUAUUUCACUCCCUUGUGUGAGAAUAAUAGCUUCAAAUGUUUUGCAAUGUGGAAUGCAGAUUAGUCGAAAAUGUCACAGAAAAGUGACUGGCAAGAGGAAAAAAGGAUAUUCCUUUGAGAAGAUUGUGUGUUUUUGUUGUUUUUAUGUUUUUGAAGUUUGAUGUAAAGCCCAAGCGAUGUCAGAACUAAGCUGUCUUUUUACUCUAAGUCCCAACCCAUGUUUGGUUUAUUUCUUAUUUUUUGUACUGGUACUUUUAUUUGGAAAAAAUCUGCCUCUGUAAUGUCUAGAUUUGUAUUUGAAUUAUUGAUUUGCACAUGAAGGCAUGUACUGUAAAAUUUAAAUCAUAAUGCUGAGUUUGUCUUUGCUCAAGUAGCGGGAAUUUUGCUCCCUCAUGUUUUGCAUGUGAGUUUGUGUAAUGUGAUUUGAUAAUGAAAUGUGUCAGUUAGUCCAGUUGUAAACUCAUUCAUACAGUUUAUAUCUCAGGCACAGUGCAUCAGUUUAGUACAUUCUCAUAUUAACUGUUUUUUUUUUUGUUUUUUUUUUGUUUUUUAUUAAACUUGUAUGAUAAUGACCUUCAGUCAGAUCUGAUCACAUACCAUCAUUCUUCAGGUUUAAUGGAUGGAUGGAUGGAUGGAUGGAGUGGAGUGGAUGACCUGAGCAUUAAAUUAGUCUUUUGCUCUAUUGAGGUUCAUACAACAUUAAGACAAAUGUAUUUAAUCUGCCAAACACGUUUUUUGUUUUUUAGUAAUGCCGUCUUUGCAGGCAGUUGGAGUGUGUCAACACUUUAAUCCACAUUUUAAGUUUUGUUUUCACUCCCGUUGAAGUGUAUUUUUCACCACAAUAUGCCAGCUUCAUUUGUUUGACUUUUGAAGCAUUUUAAUAAAGAUGCUCUUGGUUUUUAAAUGUUUA